AUGGCGAAACAUCAUCCAGAUUUGAUCAUGUGUCGUAAGCAACCUGGUGUAGCUAUUGGUCGUCUUUGCGAGAAAUGCGACGGAAAAUGCGUAAUAUGUGAUUCGUAUGUAAGACCAUGUACAUUAGUACGAAUUUGUGAUGAAUGUAAUUAUGGAUCAUAUCAAGGACGAUGCGUUAUUUGUGGAGGACCUGGUAUUUCUGACGCUUAUUAUUGCAAAGAAUGCACCAUCCAGGAGAAAGAUAGAGAUGGUUGCCCGAAAAUUGUCAACUUGGGUAGUUCCAAAACCGAUUUAUUCUAUGAAAGGAAGAAAUAUGGCUUCAAGAAGAGAUAA